AUGCAAUCCGACUUUGCUCGACAACGAGCAGUCAUCACCGCCUCGAGUCAGGAUGGACGUCUCGCCCCGUUAUUCCAUCAGAACGCCCUUGCACCGAUCUUGAAACUUCCCCUUGAUCUGCUCACCACCAUCUUCCUCUUCUUCCCUGCCAAAAAAUUUACGGAUGAAUCUCCUACGUGGCUUCGCAUAACGCACGUAUGUCGUAGAUGGCGUGAAGCCGCCAUUGGAUGCGCCCUCAUGUGGACAAAUAUCAUGUUUGAUCCUCCUCCGUGGACAACUAUAAUGCUCGCUCGCUCUAGAGGAGCACCUUUGGUGAUCGAGGCUGACGUUGAUGACUCUUUAUCAGGUCGUACUCGUUCUGAGCGCGUAGAUCUUGCCCUUGCCCAUUCACAUCACGCUCGCGUUAUACGCCUCAGAACCCCUCCUUCAGCGGCUAAUGGACUAAUUUUUACAUUGAAGAAUUGUCCUUCUCCAUUGCUGGAGGUACUUGAGCUACGGAUCACAUAUCGCGGCCCUUGCUACAUUCCUGAAGAUAUCUUUGUGGGUGAAGCACCGCAUUUGCGUAGCCUAACCCUUGAAGGGUGUAGCAUCAGCUGGCGAUCACAUCUUUUCAGCAAGAAUUUGACCUAUCUUACCAUCGUCGAUACCCCUUUACAGGCUCGACCCUCACUUCAUGAUCUCCUCAGCAUGUUGCGGUGCCUCUCUAAGCUUCAGAUUCUUACUCUUCACCGUUCGAUACCAAUGAUUCCCGAAACCAUCAAUGCCCUGCCCCCUUUGAUAAGCGAGCACCGUCUUCUCGAGUUUCCUCACAUGGAGGCUCUAAGUCUAGAUGGGUUCGUUAUCGAUACCAGCAACCUCAUUCGAUACUUUGUCAUUCCACCUGCAGCUUCCGUCCUCAUAUCGUGCCGACACAAUCCAGCUCAUGCGAAUCUCAGGAUUUCUCUCCCUGUUGUGACAGCCGUGGUGGAGGAGCAGUGUAAUUAUCGAGGCAUUGGCAUCACAAACCCAUCAUGGGUGGUCGAUCUUCUACAAGGCUCGUCAUCCGACGUCGAGGUUCUCCUUUCAAAAUGGGACCAGACAUCUUACAAACACCGGUUCGCUCUGCGAUUUUGUUGGCGCGCGCAGGCCUUGCCUCUGAUCCCGAUCACACUUGUCGUGCAGACGCUAAUCGACCCGUUACAUCUGGAGACCGUGAGGGGGCUCAAAAUGGCAGGAGUGUUUUCCAUGGAGCAUAGAGACUGGCAGAUUAUGUUUGCCUCGCUUCAAAAACUCGAAACGUUUCACGUCUCGCAUGACCUCACGUAUACCUUUGCGGAUGAGUGGGAAAACAUGCUCCCUCGUGUCAAUGACAUGGGGCUCUCUACUCGGAAUGCAGCUGACACCCUGGUGCCUCUCCACACCCUCAAGACCUUAGUGAUUUCACAUGCUCAUUUUUCCCACCCGUUGGGUGAGAAGCAGCUUUUCCGGAAAUUGCAGAGUGCUCUUACUCGACGACGGGAGCUGGGCCUCGACCUUUCGCUACUCGAUAUUAGGCAAAGUCAUAUCACGGAAGAACAGCUGCAUGCUAUUUCCGUCGCUGCGGGCACAAAGACUCAUUGUUCUGGUUACCCAGAGACUUAUGGAGUCGGAGAGCCUGAUGAGUGGAGUGACGAAGAUGGAUGA